AUGAAAGAGAAAAGCAAAGUUCAAACGAUAGUAUCGAACCAACUGGACGACGAAUCGUCGAUUAAAGAGGCUAGUAGUAAUAGUAAUGAUCAGGACGAGACAUUCUGGCAAAAGAUAAUUCGUGUGUGUCAGGUCCAGGAGAAGGGAGACUUGACGACACGACAGAUGUUUCUUUAUAAUUAUGACUUGAGGCCCGUGGAAGAGGCAAGGAGAACUUGGUCAUGGUUCAAUUAUGUGUUCUUCUGGAUUGCAGAUUCAUUCAAUAUCAAUACGUGGCAAAUCGCAGCCACUGGGGUGGAAAAUGGAAUGACGUGGUGGCAAACGUGGUUAUCUGUAUGGUUGGGAUAUGGUCUAGCAGGUAUAUUUGUUAGUUUAGGUGCCAGAGUUGGGAUAUACUACCAUAUUUCAUUUCCAGUUGCCGCAAGGUCGUCUUUUGGUAUAUACGGUAGUUUGUGGCCGAUUAUCAAUAGAGUGGUCAUGAGUUGUGUGUGGUAUUCCGUUCAGGCAAUGGUUGCAGGGCCAUGUAUUGGCCUUAUGUUGAGGUGUAUUUUUAGUCAGAAUUUGGAUAAAACUUUGGACAAGAAGCUUGACGAAAGCUUGACCACUUUUGAAUUUCUUUCAUUUUUCCUAUUCUGGUUGUUUUCCUUACCAGCCCUUUGGUUCCCCCCGCACCAGAUUAGACAUUUAUUUACUUUCAAAGCGUACGUAGUACCCUUUGCAGGUAUCGGCUUUUUAGUUUGGACGAUUGUUAAGGCUGACGGUAUAGGGCCUAUUGUUCACCAAAAAGCAACGUUGGAAGGAUCUGCCUUGGGGUGGCAAUUUGUACAAUCUACCAUGAAUUCGAUUGCCAAUUUCGCAACUUUAAUUGUUAACGCACCCGAUUUUUCUCGUUUUGCGAAUAAACCUUCAUUUGGGAUGAAGUAUCUAGUUUAUACAAUAUCCAUUCCAUUAUGUUUCUCAAUUACCUCAUUAAUUGGUAUAUUGGUAAGUUCAGCAUCCACCAUUAUGUACGGAAAGACAUAUUGGUCCCCAUUGGACGUUCUUGGAAGAUUUUUGGAUGAUUAUACUCCUGGCACAAGAGCAGGAGUAUUCUUUAUUAGUAUCUCAUUUGCAUUAGCUCAGUUAGGAACAAACAUAUCAGCCAAUUCCUUAAGUUUUGGUACCGAUGUGACUGCCAUUUUACCUAGAUUUUUGAACAUUAGAAGAGGAGGAUAUCUAUGUGCAGCAUUGGCGUUGGUUAUUUUUCCUUGGAGGUUAAAUUCGAGUUCAUCUAAAUUCACAACUUAUUUAUCAGCCUAUUCAGUGUUUCUUUCGUCAAUAGCUGGUGUGGUAGCAAUUGAUUAUUAUUAUGUCAGAAGAGGCUACCUCAAAUUGACUCAUUUAUAUUCCAUUUUUGCACCCGAAAAUCCCAGUUCCGAAUCGUUUUAUAGGUAUAACAAAAUUGGUUGCAACUGGAGAGCGUAUGUUGCAUAUAUUUGUGGUAUACUACCAAAUAUUGUUGGUUUUGUCGGAGCCACAGGGACUCAUCCUGUACCAAUUGGAGCCACUAGGAUUUAUGAUUUGAAUUUUUUCAUGGGCUUUAUUUCCUCGGGAUUGGUUUACGCAAUAUUGUGCUAUUUCUUUCCUUUGCAAGGUAUUCCCACUGUUGGUCCUUUUGAGAAGGGCUGGCACGAAGAGUGGCAAUAUGUUGAAGAUUUUGAAGAAGAAUUGACUGGUCAUUCCGUUCAUGAGGGUUUAGAACAUAAAGUUGCUUAUACUUCCGGUAGUUCUAAAGAAAAGUAUAGUGAUACAAUCAUUUAG